AUGGCGAUGGUCUCCUUCAUCACAGACGUAAUCGUGAUAGGCGCCGGCCUCAGCGGCCUGCAGACUGCGAUAGGCAUCCAGGCUGCUGGGCACUCCUGUGUCGUCCUCGAGGCGACGGACCGCGUGGGCGGCAAGACGCUAAGCAUUAAGUCGGAUCCAAAUGAUAAGAAGGGGGACGGCGUCGUCGAUGUCGGUGCUGCUUGGGUGAACGACUCCAACCAAUCUGAAAUCUGGAAGCUAUUCGAUAAGUACGACAUCGGGGCCAUAAUCCAGCGGGCGACCGGGACGAGCUUCCUACAGGCCGACAACGGCAUCGUCAUACCACACCCCUACCACGAGCAGCCACUGGACGACGCCUCAGCCGAGGAACAGCGCCGGGUCUACGAGGCGAUACAGACGGAGAUAGAUGCGAUGGACUUGGAGCGGCCGGAAAGGAGCCCGCGAGCGCGCGAGCUCGAUAGCGUCACGUUCGCCGAUUACGCCCGCAAGAUCGGGCCGCAUAUCGGCGAGCAACUCGCGUCGUCGGCCAUGGCGUCGCUGCUCGGCGUCGAGGCGGACGAGGUCAGCGCCCUGUAUGCCAUCAAUUACAUCAAGAGCGGUGGCGGUGUGCACAUCAUCGCGUCGGACGAGAAGGAUGGUGCGCAGUAUAUACGCGGGCGUCGGGGUAUGCAAGCGAUAGCGCAGGGCCUUGCGAGCGAUCUAGAGCCGGGCACCGUCCGCCUCAACACGGUUGUCAAGUCGGUGCAGCAGACAGCCAAAGGGACCUACAGGGUGACUUCUGCUAAAGGUGCCGUGUUCGAGGCCAAACACGUCGUGGUGUCUGUGCCGACGAGCCUGUACCGGACCAUUGAUUUUUCGCCGCCGCUUCCGAAAUUGAAGCAGAGGCUCAGCGCAAGCACGUCGAUGGGUAACUAUAACAAGGUUGUCCUCGUGUUCGACCGACCGUGGUGGCGCGAGGCGGGGCUGUCCGGCGUCAUGACGACGACGUCGGCGGAUCUCGGGCCCAUCCUCUUCACGCGCGAUACGAGCUCUGAGAAAGAUGGGCAGUGGUCCAUCAGCUGCUUUAUCGCGGGCGACCGCGCGCGCUCCUGGGCCAAGCAGCCGAAGGCGAAGCGGCUCAAGAGCGUGCUGGACCAGUUCCGGGCCGUCUUUUCGACAGCAGCCUCCGUGCCGCAGCCGGUCGCAGUCCACGAGCGCAUAUGGUCGCACGACCCGUUCUUCCGCGGCGCGCCGUCGCCCGUCAUGGGACCUGGUGUGCUGACGACGAUCGGGUCCGACACGCUGCGCAAGCCGGUUGGCAAGAUCCACUUCGUUGGCACGGAGACCGCAAUCGUCUGGAAAGGCUACAUGGAUGGCGCCAUACGCUCCGGAUACCGUGGCGCGGAGGAGGUCGUCGCGCGUUUGCGAGCGGAGGAGUGA